UCAAACAGCAGCCAGUUAUACAUAGUUUCCAUUUACUCGCUCAAAAUGCCAGCUCCAAAAAUCCAAAGUAAUCAGAUCGAGAAGAGCGCUACGAAGCGCAACCCAUUGUAUGUAAAUCCGGAGCUGAAAGGCCUUAUCGUAGAGCUGAUGCUGCCGCGUUUCGAGACGCUGCGUACAAUAGUCUCCACGCGCUUCGUGUCUGAGGCGGAGAUUGAAAAUGAUAAAGAUGAUGCGGACGACGACUGGUGGCCAGAUUACAGCAUCCAUUCCGACAUGCACUACAUGACCGAAAUGAAUGGUCUGAUGCAUCUCAUACUAAAUGGCUUGCGGGGCAUGACGGAUGAGCUGCAGGCCAUUGGAGCCAAGUUUCAAGCCUUCAUUUGGGACAAGUUCAAGCCGGACCAAUCUGCUAAGAAGGUAGCCGCUGCGAAGUCAGCUGAAGAGAAGGAGAAGGAGGAUGACUUGGACCGCUAUCUCCUGGCUCAGAGUCUGAUCAAGGACAUGGUAACUUUUGUGACUUGUUGCAGUCGCCAGUGCACCAAGCUUCUGAAGCAGCGCAAAGGGUACUUGGAGCGUGCCUCAGAGACCAAGGACACAGAGGAUCGCAUACGCCUGAAAGUCUUCGAUGAGCGCAGCUUUACCGAGCUGCACGGUCGCAUGAUUAGUUUGAAGAGCUUUGUUCAGGACUUUUGUAAUUUAUUCGAGUCUGAAUGGAGUUCGUCAAAUCCGCAGAACAGCUCUGUCGUCUCCCCGACUAAGAAGAUAUCCACGUAAUACUGUCCCGUUUUGUUCGCUGGAUGUUAUUAGCCCGUUUCUUUGUUCUAGUUCGCCCGAGCCCGAGCCAACCGAAACGUACACACUCAAGUGCACAAACACACACACACACACACAUUCAGAGAUAGUCACAUGCAUACACACAUGAAGGCUUCAUUUGAGAGGGUUGUAAUAAAGAGUCCACCCCCUUGUGAAUUGGAGUAUCCAGAAAA